AUGACGACGAACGGUAAUGCAGCGGCGACGACGAUCCUGAUCGCCGUCCUUCUCGGAUGUCUUGCAACCUCCGUGCAUUGUGGUCGAGUGCCUAGAGAUGUCACCGGCGGAGAGCGCGGGGCGGAGGAGUUGACGUUGCCGCGACCCUUUUGCUACAAGGCGUGUGGCAACGGGCGCUGCGACUUCUGCUGCUGGAGCCAGUACACGCCGACGAUGUGCUGGGACACUGAAGCCAUGUGCAAGGAGGAGUGCCAUCCGCCCAUGAGCCCUCCCGUUUGA